UAUCCCAGUCCAGUAGCUUCUGAAGCUUCGUCCUGCCCUCUCGUUCUCACUCGCUCAGACACUCGCCAAUCCUGCUGCUCUCUAUGCUCCCUGGGCUAUACUUCCCUUUGUAGCCUUGGCUCCUUAUCUUCCUCCAUGGAUCCGCGCUAAAUUAAUGCACCGGGAGCUCGCAAAUUCCUAGCAUUUCACCUGGCACCGUCUGCCGCAAGAUGUAAUCUGGGUCUCUCGUUCAACACCUAGCUGGUGGCCAUCUGAAUAUACUCUCUGGAAUCUGGAUUCCUUUGAGAGAAAGCGAAGCUGAGGCCUCCCUUUUGGGGAAAUGGAGGAGAGCUUCGUGCCCCUCCGGGGCAUCAAGAAUGACCUCCGCGGGAGGCUCACCUGCUACAAGCAGGAUUGGACCGGAGGCUUCCGUGCCGGUAUCAGGAUCCUAGCGCCAACCACUUACAUAUUCUUUGCCUCGGCGAUACCGGUGAUAUCCUUCGGAGAGCAACUGGAAAGGAGCACUGAUGGAGUCCUCACAGCAGUGCAGACAUUGGCAUCAACUGCCCUCUGUGGCAUAAUCCACUCCAUUGUGGGAGGGCAGCCGCUGCUCAUCCUCGGCGUUGCCGAACCGACAGUGAUCAUGUACACAUUCAUGUUCAGCUUUGCCAAGGACAGGCCCGACCUCGGUCCCAACUUGUUCCUCGCUUGGGCCGGCUGGGUCUGUGUGUGGACUGCCAUAUUGCUGUUCCUGCUGGCAGUACUAGGUGCCUGCUCAAUCAUAAACCGGUUCACCCGUAUCGCUGGCGAGCUGUUCGGGCUCCUGAUCGCGAUGCUUUUCAUGCAGCAAGCUAUCAAGGGACUUGUUGACGAGUUUGGCAUUCCUGAGAGGGAAAACAUAAAGGCACGACAGUUUGUCCCAUCAUGGAGGUUCGCCAAUGGAAUGUUUGCUAUUGUAUUGUCGUUUGGCCUUUUGCUCACCGCACUGAAGAGCAGAAAGGCGCGAUCAUGGCGCUAUGGAGCAGGUUGGUUGCGUGGCUUCAUCGCCGACUAUGGUGUUCCACUGAUGGUGCUAGUGUGGACAGGUAUUUCUUACAUACCAUAUGACAGUGUGCCGAAAGGAAUCCCGCGACGCCUUUUCAGUCCUAAUCCGUGGUCCCCUGGUGCAUAUGACAACUGGACAGUCAUCAAGGAUAUGCCCCAUGUGCCACUCAUGUACAUCAUUGGUGCCUUCAUACCUGCAACAAUGAUUGCUGUUCUCUACUACUUUGAUCACAGUGUCGCAUCCCAGCUUGCACAGCAGGCAGAAUUCAAUUUGAGGAAGCCUCCAUCUUUCCACUACGAUUUGCUUCUCCUAGGCUUCCUGACAUUGUUGUGCGGCUUAAUCGGUAUCCCUCCAUCCAAUGGUGUCAUUCCACAGUCGCCGAUGCAUACAAAGAGCUUGGCUACUCUCAAGCACCAGAUACUCCGUAACCGACUAGUAGCAACGGCACGACAGAGCAUGCGCCAGAAUGCGAGCUUGAGCCAACUGUAUGGCAGCAUGCAGGAUGCCUAUCAGCAGAUUCAGACACCACUGAUCUACCAGCAACAGUCCGUCAAAGGCUUAAAUGAGCUUAAGGACUCAACUGUCCAGUUAGCAUCAAGCAUGGGUAACAUUGAUGCACCAGUUGAUGAGACGAUCUUUGACAUAGAGAAAGAAAUUGAUGACCUGCUUCCCAUGGAGGUCAAGGAGCAAAGGUUGAGUAACUUGCUGCAGGCUGCAAUGGUUGGGGGCUGUGUCGCCGCUAUGCCGUUGCUCAAGAAGAUCCCUACUGCUGUCCUCUGGGGCUACUUUGCCUUCAUGGCGAUUGAGAGCUUGCCAGGUAACCAGUUUUGGGAGAGGAUCUUGCUGCUCUUCACUGCUCCCAGCAGAAGAUACAAGGUGCUAGAAGAGUACCACACAACAUUUGUUGAGACUGUGCCAUUCAAAACGAUAGCCAUGUUCACGCUCUUCCAGACUACGUAUCUGCUGGUCUGCUUCGGGAUCACAUGGAUACCAAUAGCUGGAGUUCUUUUCCCCCUCAUGAUUAUGCUCCUGGUUCCAGUGAGGCAGUAUAUCCUCCCCAAGCUCUUCAAAGGUGCACAUCUGAAUGACCUGGACGCAGCAGAGUAUGAGGAAUCACCAGCUAUACCGUUCAACCUUGCUACGCAAGAUAUUGAUGUUGCAUUGGGACGCACCCAGAGCGCAGAGAUCCUUGAUGACAUGGUCACCAGAAGCCGCGGUGAGAUCAAGCGCCUGAAUAGUCCUAAGAUCACCAGUUCAGGUGGUACUCCUGUUGCAGAGCUGAAAGGCAUCCGCAGUCCUUGUAUUUCUGAAAAGGCGUACAGCCCUCGCGUCACCGAGCUGAGGCAUGAACGCAGCCCUCUAGGGGAGAGAGACAGUCCAAGAACCGGUGAGACCAGGGCAUCCAAGUUGGGUGAAGGCUCGGCACCAAAGUGAAGCAAUAAUAUUUUCCCCAUAUAAGCUAUGCAACUACUGGAAAUAAAAUAUAUGGAUGAUUUGAGUACGGAUGCUAAUAUAUGAUGUGUACUCAUGAAGUAUGAUGCCACAUAAGAUGUCUACUAAUGGUGUACUGAUGAAGCGUGAUGCCGCUAUAUGGUGUGUACUGAUGAAGUAUGGAAAAUAUAGGCUAAUUGAGUGUAUAUCUGUAGCCUAUUAUCUUUGUUCUUUUCUUCUCCUUGUGCAUCCUGGUCUAUAUAAGGUGCACCAUGUAAUCCAUGAAGUAGCAGAAUAUUACAGUGACUACUUUGAAACUUUUUUAGUUUCACUUUGCUAUAUUCCUGUCAAGAACUUGGAGACUAGCAUUCAUUGUUACUGCAAACUGUUCAUAAUAAUUGAAUUUUACAUGGAAUUGGUGAAUCA